AUGUACAGAUUGGAAUGCGGUGUCAGGCAAGGUGGAUUGAGCUCGCCUAAUCUGUACGUGAACGACCUGAUAGUGGGGCUCAGUGGCACUGGUGGCGGAUGCUCGAUCGGCGGAGUCACCAUUAAUAAUAUCAGUUACGCUGAACACAUGGUGCUGUUGAGCCCUGCUAUUAGUGGCCUAAGGAAGCUGGUAAGCAUGUGUGAGGAGUACGCAGUGACCCAUGGCCUUAAGUAUAACACUGCAAAAAACGAGUUACUAGUGUAUAAAGCUGGAAACAAAGUUCCCACCUCAGUACCAGAAGUGAACCUUUGUGGCUGCUCCCUGAAUAGAGUGACUCGUUUUAAGUACUUGGGCCAUUGGGUCAAUGAGGGGCUCCAAGAUGAAGUGGACAUGGAGCAGGAAUGUAGGGCAUUGGUAGUGCGCUGUAACAUGUUGGCACGCAGAUUUGCACGCUGUGAGAGGAAUGUCAGUGACUCUGUUCAGAGCAUAUUGUCAGACCUUUUACACGUGUAA